CACGGCUGGCACGGCAGGCGGAGCUCCGGGCCCUGCAGCUCUCGGCGACAGCCGGGACACGGGAGCUCCCACGGCCUUUCUCUCUUGCCCCAGCCCGCACAAGCCCUCGGGAUUCRGCCAGGGUGCCCUCACAGCCCCUCGCAGGGCCCUCCGCCCUUUCAACCCUUCGUUUCUGGGGGGACACCUGGGAGCGCCGAGCUCCUCCCCCGGCCCUGCGCGCCCCGCCCCGCGGGCCUGACGCGAGGGGCGGUCCSGCCGCGCUGUGCCCGGCUCGGGCGGCUCUGCCGGCGGUCUGGGGCGCUGCCCUCCGCCGUUCGAGCGGGGCGGCUCUGGCGGGAGGCGGCGCCAUGGGGCUGCACGGCGUCAAGGCGGUGUUCUUCGACCUGGACAACACGCUGAUCGACACGGCGGCGGCCGGGCGGCGCGCCAUCGAGGAGGUGAUAAGCGCCCUGCAGGCCAAGCAUCGCUACGGGGAGGGAGAGGCCCGCGCCGUCUGCGAUAAGGUCCAGGCCAAGCUCCUCAAGGAGUGCCACGAUCCCGCCAAGAUGUGCAUCACCGACCUGCGGAUUUCGCACUGGGAGGAGGCGAUCCAGGAGACCAUCGGCGGCGAGGCGAACCGCGACYUGGCGGCCGAGUGCUAUUACCUGUGGAAGACGACGCGGCUGCAGCACCUGACGCUGGCCGAGGACACGCGGGCCAUGCUCACCGAGCUGCGGAAAGGCCUCCGCCUGCUGCUCCUCACCAACGGCGACAGGCAGACCCAGAGGGAGAAGAUCGAGGCGUGCGCCUGCCAGCCCUACUUCGAUGCCAUCGUUGUGGGGGGAGAGCAGAAAGAGGAGAAACCGGCGCCAUCCAUAUUUCAUUACUGUUGCGAUCUCCUGGGGGUGCAGCCCGCCGAGUGUGUGAUGGUCGGUGACUCUCUAGACACAGAUAUUCAAGGCGGCCUGAAUGCUGGCUUGAAAGCAACGGUCUGGUUAAACAAAGCAAUGACCGCCCCGGUAGAUACCUCCCCCGUACCUCAUUAUGUUAUUUCUUCUGUACUGGAGCUUCCAGCAGUUUUACAGAAGAUGGAGCACAACAUUAAUGCUAAGUUAGGAACUGACCAUAUGGCUAGUAGCAAUGAAGCACAUUGAUSAUGGUUCCAGCAUACAGAGACCUGCUGACCUGUUAGAUGAUCUUUUAAAAAAUCUGACCCUAGGARUUUGAACUCGUCCAUGGUAUGCUCUUUUAAACAGCAGUGGGAUGAAUAAGAACACACUUGUCAGUGAAAACAGGAUAGAAACACAGUUAUAUUAAUYUAAAUGAUGCGAGUGCAGUUAAUUCAAAGGAACUGCCUCUGGCUGGAAAUUAUUUUGACAGACUGUGACAAAAGUCUAUCUGUCUCUGACCUAAGUUGCCAGUCUCUUGUUUUUUAUAGUGGAAAAGAAAAUUUGAAUGUUCUGAGCUUUCACAUGCUUUGCUGACAUGUAAGCUUAGCAGAAGCUUCAGUUCUGACUUUGUGUGCAGUGUGUAAGAGAAAAUGAGAGUGUGACACAAUCUGGUAAAUCUUCUCAGUUGAUCUGCAGUUUAUCUCAGGAACUGGAGUGCAUUUUGUUAUUUCUCAGACUAUUAGAAAUACUCUACCUUUGAUCUUUUUUACAAGUUUUAGAUUUUUUUCAGGUUUUGCAGUGACGUUUCUUUUAUGGAACCUGUAUCUCUUGCCAAAAGUACUUAAGUGUACAUCAAAAAUCUGCUUUUUUAUCAGGGACCAUUUGUCAGAGGGACUUGAUGGAUAAGCUUUUACUUUAUAUUAUCUUGGUGCUUAUGCAGAUAUGCAGUAUAGAGGUGAUUCAGAUUAUGAUUUUUGUUGAAAUGGAUAAAACAGGGAUAUUUUCAAUGGCAUUACUGUACCGUCAAACUCUUCAAAAGCUAAUAUCAUURUUCUGUUGGAUUUUAUUAGUGAAUCUUGAUCAGACUUUUUGAAGAAACUCUUCUUGGUCUUGCUUAGGUGUAUGACUACUCAGAUUCARCUGUAGGAUCAGUGCCUUUUUUGACUGUUUUAAUAGCACUGCUAUAUAAUCCCUCCUUACUCCAGUUUCCACAUGUAAUUCAUGUGAUUUAUUCUGGAGAAAAUAUGAGCUAGUUGUCUGUAAAUUACUUUCAUGACUCUCUAGGAAACUGGAAAAUUAUGUCAUAUGUAUUACAGUACUGUAUACAACUUUAUAAGGUAUAUGUAAUAUUUCUAUUACAUGUGGUGACUCU